UUCCCGGUGACUGCUGGCGCGGGAGCGCGCCUUUAAUCUGGAGGCGGGGACGCGCCGCGGCCGGUGUCGGGGACGCGCUUUGCGGAUUCCGGCCUGAAAACCGAGGGAUCCCGAUCCUAGCGGAUCCCGGGCGGGCGCUGCAGGAUCGAGUGGGAAUGGGGGCUUUAAACAGCCGCCAGGAAGCGGGACUCGAGGAUCUGGAGAUCCCCCCGGGAUCGGUUUAUAGAUACCCCCCAAAAACCGGAAAUUACUUUGCCAGUCACUUCAUCAUGGGAGGAGAGAGGUUCGACUCGACUCAUCCUGAAGGCUACCUGUUUGGAGAGAACAGUGACCUCAAUUUUCUGGGACUCCGCCCAGUGCCCUUUCCCUAUGCAGCUCCGCCGCCUCACGAUCCUGUGAAGACAUUGCGGAGCCUGAUAAACAUCCGGAAAGACACACUGCGACUGGUCAAGUGCAGUGAGGAGGCGAAGAGUCCAGGACAGGAACUCCCAAAACCCAAGGUCUACUACAAUGUGGAGUUUACUUUCGAUGCUGACGCUCGGGUGGCAAUCACACUCUAUUACCAAGCAACAGAGCAGUUUCAGAAUGGCUGUGCCAGUUAUACAGUGAAAGAUAACUCUCUCCAAUCGGAAACGGUGCACUACAAACGUGGAGUGUGCCAGCAGUUCUGUUUACCGUCUCACACCAUCGACCCAACUGACUGGAUGGAGGACGAGCUGGUCCUGGACGGUGAGCAUACGGUCUACCCCAUGGUCAUUCACGCUGUGGUGGAUGAAGGAGAUGAACAUCUGGGACAUUCCCAUGUGCUGCUGACAACAUUUGAUAAGGGCGUGGAUGGGAACUGCUCAGUGAAACCCCUCAAACAAAAACAGGUGGUUGAUGGGGUCAUUUACCUGCUGCAGGAAAUUUAUGGAAUUGAAAAUAAAUAUAAUGCCGUGCAGUCGAAGGUACCUGCUGAUGAGCUGAGUGAUAACAGUGCGGAGUGUGUCGUUUGUCUGUCUGAUGUGCGGGACACCCUCAUCCUGCCCUGUCGCCACCUGUGCCUCUGUAACGCCUGCGCUGACACCCUGCGAUACCAGGCCAGCAACUGCCCGAUCUGCCGCCUCCCAUUCCGUGCUCUCCUGCAGAUCCGGGCAAUGAGGAAGAAACAGGAUCCACUGACACCGAGUGGUUAUAACCCUAUCAUCACAUCGCAGAUAGCUGAGACUGAGGAUCAUUCGGUUUCGGAUCCCGUCCCCGUGGGCUAUGAGGCUGUAUCACUGCUCGAGGCUUUGAAUGGACCCCUCACUCCUUCACCUUCAGCUCCUUCCAUUCACCAGGUCAGAGACAGCCUCACACCCAGUCCCUUACCUACUGUUGGACCUCAUGGACAAACUCUUCCUGUACACACCUUGGCUCCACUUGACAGAGUUUGUGACAACAGCAACCCAGGCUUCAAGCUGAAGAAAAGUUCUUCCAAGUCAGUAUCACAGAGGUCCUCCAUUCUCCAUGAGGAAGAUGAGGUGAAAUCGUUCAGUGAUGGGGAGAUAGUGUCCCCCACAAACCACGCCAAUCAGGAGGUUGAGGAUUUGAGUGCCACUCCUGAAAGUGAGAAUGUGACCCUGUCAUCAUCUGGAGCUGUCGACCAGUCUUCAAGUACCGGCACACCGCUGUCCUCCACCAUCACUUCACCCGAAGAUGCCAGCAGCAGUCUGGUACAGUCAGUGAUGUCAAUGGCAUCCUCUCAGCUCAGCACAGACACCAUCUCCUCAAUGUCUGGCUCCUACCAGGCCACAGGCCCCGAUGACCUCUUGGACUGUGUUUCUGAUGAGCGUCUGCCACUGCCAGCCACACAGGAGGAAAACGAGGAGCUCAAGACCCCAACAGGUGAAGCCGCAGACCCUCAGCAUGACAUUCCUCACCAUCAAGAUCAGGAUGUUGAGGGUAAUGCAGUCACUGAGGAGGUGUCUGCAUCAACAGACGGAGAGCUGGAAACUGAUGGAUGGUGGUUAGCAGCUGUAACAGCUCUAGUCUGUGACAAUAACAAUGAGGAGCGUAGUCCAGUGCGUUUGGAUAAUGACCCCCGCCUGGAGGAUGCAGUUCCUGCUACAGAUCUGACCAAUGACCCCCUCCACCACCCGCUCUCCCUCCCAGGUAAUACUGAACUGAAGGAAAGUGCAGACCCGAGUCACAUCUAUGGACCUCUUAUAGUAUGAAAGAAGGAUCAACAAUGAACGAGACUCCAACCCAUGUGUGACGCCUCCCAGAGUUGAGCUGUUUGGAGGCCAAAGCACUUUGUAGCUGUUUCAGAGCAAUACCUCGAAUGUAGCGUAGUUAUAACAGAGAGAUAUUAUCCCCUACCUCUCCUUCAGCUCUCCAGUCUCCCGUGCCCAGACUGUCCCUCUCUUUCUCCCCCCGUCACUGCCUCACUCCCUGUUCCUCCCCAUCACUGCCUCACUCCCUCUCCCUCCCCAUCUCUGCCUCACUCCCUCUCCCUCCCCAUCACUGCCUCACUCCCUCUCCCUCCCCGUCACUGCCUCACUCCCUCUCCCUCCCCUUCACUGCCUCACUCCCUCUCCCUCCCCGUCACUGCCUCACUCCCUCUCCCUCCCCAUCACUGCCUCACUCCCUCUCCCUCCCCGUCACUGCCUCACUCCCUCUCCCUCCCCUUCACUGCCUCACUCCCUCUCCCUCCCCGUCACUGCCUCACUCCCUCUCCCUCCCCGUCACUGCCUCACUCCCUCUCCCUCCCCAUCACUGCCUCACUCACUCUACCCAUCACUGCCCCACUCCCUCUCCCUCCCCAUCACUGCCUCACUCCCUCUCCCUCCCCAUCACUGCCUCACUCCCUCUCCCUCCCCAUCACUGCCUCACUCCCUCUCCCUCCCCAUCACUGCCCCACUCCCUCUCCCUCCUCAUCACUGCCUCACUCCCUCUCCCUCCCCAUCACUGCCUCACUCCAUCUCCCUCCCCGUCACUGCCUCACUCCCUCUCCCUCCCCGUCACUGCCUCACUCCCUCUCCCUCCCCGUCACUGCCUCACUCCCUCUCCCUCCCCGUCACUGCCUCACUCCCUCUCCCUCCCCGUCACUGCCUCACUCCCUCUCCCUCCCCGUCACUGCCCCACUCCCUCUCCCUCCCCAUCACUGCCUCACUCACUCUACCCAUCACUGCCCCACUCCCUCUCCCUCCCCGUCACUGCCUCACUCCCUCUCCCUCCCCAUCACUGCCUCACUCCCUCUCCCUCCUCAUCACUGCCUCACUCCCUCUCCCUCCCCGUCACUGCCUCACUCCCUCUCCCUCCCCGUCACUGCCCCACUCCCUCUCCCUCCCCGUCACUGCCUCACUCCCUCUCCCUCCCCGUCACUGCCUCACUCACUCUACCCAUCACUGCCCCACUCCCUCUCCCUCCCCGUCACUGCCUCACUCCCUCUCCCUCCCCAUCACUGCCUCACUCCCUCUCCCUCCUCAUCACUGCCUCACUCCCUCUCCCUCCCCGUCACUGCCUCACUCCCUCUCCCUCCCCAUCACUGCCCCACUCCCUCUCCCUCCCCGUCACUGCCCCACUCCCUCUCCCUCCCCAUCACUGCCUCACUCCCUCUCCCUCCCCGUCACUGCCUCACUCCCUCUCCCUCCCCGUCACUGCCUCACUCCCUCUCCCUCCCCAUCACUGCCUCACUCCCUCUCCCUCCCCGUCACUGCCUCACUCCCUCUCCCUCCCCGUCACUGCCCCACUCCCUCUCCCUCCCCGUCACUGCCUCACUCCUUCUCCCUCCCCAUCACUGCCUCACUCCCUCUCCCUCCCCGUCACUGCCCCACUCCCUCUCCCUCCCCAUCUCUCUCAGUUCUCGCUGCGUGUCUCUCCAGGCCUCUGUUACUUUCUGUGUCUGUUUGGUGAAGCUGAAGCCCUGUACAACAUAUGUAACAGAGUUUGAAACUGUGCAUGACCCUUCCCUUUGAGGAAAAUACCUUAGAGUCCAUGUGAAUUAUUCCAGUAUCCUGAAGGCCUGGAGCACCGUUAUCCCCAAAACAGAGCGAUCACAAUUAAAAUUCCAGAAGCAAUUAA